CAUUUGCAGUUUAAUUCUCCCUUUCUCCCCCUCUCUUUCUCCCCUCCUCCUAACCCCAAAAAAAAAUAACGCAAGAAAACGAAACCUUAACUCUAACCGUAGCUUUCUCGCUUCUUCUUCUUCUUCUUCUUCUCGUCCUUCUCCUCCUCUUGCUCCUGUCCUUGGAUCUCCUUGUGCGGCAAUGGGAGCUUUUGAUGAGGAGAGUGGCGAUGGGGACUGAGGAGAUCUGCGGCAAUGGGGAAAGCCGAAGGCGAGCAGUCCUUGUCCACCGCCCCUUCGUCGUCGGAGGACACCGAGGGGAAUGCCUGCGGGAGCUGCCACCAGUGCCGAUCGAUCGGUAGGAUCGUGCGGCCGCGGUGCGUUGUGGCGCUGGUUCUUGGUUUUGCCAUACUGCUGUCGGCCGUGUUCUGGCUUCCCCCAUUCUUGAGGCAUAGUGGGGAUCUGAUGGGUCGGAAUCGGGACCCGCGGUUUAAAGCUGAUAUCGUAGCAAGUUUCAGACUGCAAAAGCCCGUAGCUAUGUUAAGUGCCAAUAUCUCAAAACUUCAAUAUGAUAUCUAUGAAGAAAUUGGUGUUCCUAAUUCCUUGGUGGUUGUAAGUUCUCUAGAACCUUUAGCCGGAUCAAAUUGGACAACUGUAGUGUUUGGCAUUUGGCCUUAUCCAAAAAAUUUACCUAUAUCGUCAGCUGAAAUAAGUCUUCUCAGAGAGUCUUUUACGUCCUUGGUUACGCGGCAGUCAACUCUCCACUUGACUACGUCCCUGUUUGGGAACUCGUCCUUCUUUGAGGUGCUAAAGUUCCCUGGAGGAAUUACGAUUAUCCCUCCACAAAAUGCUUUUCUUCUGCAGAAACUGCAUUCUCUUUUUAAUUUCAGUUUAAAUGUCGCGAUCGAUCAAGUACAAGACAAACUCAGUGAACUGAAGGACCAGAUGAAGUUGGGGCUGCUGCUCAAUUCUUACGAGAAUCUGUAUGUUCGUUUGACAAAUAUAGAGGGUUCGACGGUGGCUCCUCCAACAACUCUUGAGACCUUCGUUGUGCUUAAAGUUGGGAAUAACCAACCCUCAUUAUCAAGGUUGAAACAGUUGGCUAAGAGCAUCUCUAAUUCUUCUGCAGGCAAUCUUGGUCUCAACCACACUGUAUUUGGUAAAGUAAAGCAGGUUCGACUUUCCUCGUUUUUUCAACAUUCUCUGAAUAGCGGAGGCAGCAGUUCACCAAGUCCAACUCCUCAACCUCAGCCAGAUCACCACCACCGCCACCACCACCACCACCACCACCACCAUCACAGUCACCCAGACACUCAUCUGGCUCCUGCUGCUCCUCCUCGACGCAGUUACCAAACUCCAGCUCCCUCUCGUUGCCGAUUUGGAUAUUCUAACAGGCCCAAGAGCAAAGCUUUUCUUGUUCCAGCUGCUGCACCUGCGGCUGCUCCACAGCAUUCUGAUGCAACUGUGGCCUCUCCACAGCAUUCAGCUGCACCAGAGUCUAGCCCACAAAAUUCUGCUUCACCUGAGCCUGUACCACAGCAUUCUAUUGCUCCACAUGUGCAUGAAAAUUCACCAGCUCCAGAUCCAGACAUGCGUGCAGCAUCACCAUUGCCUGCUGCCUAUUUUGCUCAUGUACAACCUCCAAGUGAGAGUGUAACAGAUGUCAACCCUCCUGACAGAAAGCCAUCAAUUUCACCUGUGCCACAUUCAUCUUCUGCUUCAGGCCAGCCUUCUAUCCAUUGGGUCCUUGCAGUACUGUUGUUCUAUUUGUUGAUGCGUAUAUAGCAAACAAAGGAAUUAUUUUUUUUCUAGAGCUAAAUUACUCAGUUUUUGAGAAGCGGGGUACACUGCUCUGCGAUGCUGCAUAAGACAGACUGUAACUUUGCAUGCGGGUGCAACAAAAAUGUUGCACCUUCAUUCAGAUGGAAAAUUUAAGGUAUGUAUAUAUAGAUAUUAAUGCACCGCAAAUGAAUUUUCUGGUCAAAGCCACAGAGGUGGCAGGCCUUCGUUUAUGUGUUGUUUCUUUGUACUAUUACGGGGAAAAUCAAGUAAAACGAAUGUAUUUUGCCCCUAAUGAGGGCAGGUGCUUGCUCUUGAAUGGGGAAGUAAUUCUCUUCUUUUGGGAAGGUUCA